GAUCUGAAAAGGGGGCGGGGCUAAACAGGACUGUACACAGUGCCAUGUCAGCCAGCCAGUAGCAUGGGAGAGAAGAGGGGGAGAGAACAGCAAAACAGCCUAAAUAGAUUCGAACACGGGAUGCACGCAUUGCAAGCGGACACUGUAACCAUUAUGCCACUGCUGACCACGAUAUGAGCAGGCUCUCCAGGACCAUACAAGCUGGAUGCGGAUGCUGCUGUAGCAGAGGAUAAGGACAGUGUUGAAAGCCAGAUUCUUCUGCCAUUGAGCUGCUCUAUACUGAAGCCACUCCCCUUUUCCAUAAAGGAUGCUGAGAAUACAGUCUGCCUGCUUUCUUUUACCCAGACUGCAUGCACAGAGCACCUUAUGGACCUACCAACGGAUGGUGAGAAACUGCAGCACUGCACCCAUCAGAGACCCAGACCCAACAGGACCAACAGACAGCCGCCCAGGAAACCCCAUGUACAGACGUCUGAAAAAUCUGAGAUAAAUGAAAAUAAUUUGUACACUAAGGUGGAUGAAGGAAUAGAUGAGUUUUUCUCCAAGAAGCUUAUUCUAAAUUAUCACAACAAGAAGACAGAUAAAUCAGGACCUUUAUACAAUGAACCGCCGGGAGGCGUGGGUCGCAUUGUUGUGAUGUCAGAUGACCUGGCGGGUGGCGCAAUGGCGGCUCUCAGCAUGGGUGAAGGAAGGCUAUUUAGGCAAAUACCAUUGAAUAUUUCUACUGAGCCCACUGUUCUUUCUGCUGGGUCACGAACAUUCAAAAAGAAGAUAGGAGAAUUUUUUGCAUUAAGAAAACCCAAACACUCUAAAGACCCCAAAUCUGAAAAAGACCCUGAAGGUAGCCCAGUGAUUUCACGAAUCAGAAAACCAGCUCUAACAGAUAUAUUGAGACCUCUGGGUAAAAGCAGUGACACCUUUAAAGGGCAAGGUAAAACGGACAAUGCUUCAUCUGCUGAGACAACAUGUGUGAAUGAUCCAACCUGGAUACCAGAUGCUGCAAGAAGAGUCAAACCUAGAUAUUCUCGUGAAGGGAAGUCACAGUCACUGAUUCUCCUGUCUGUGGAUGAUGAAGAAUCACUUGGAAUAAAGGAUAAGGUAAAUAUGAUUAAUGGACACAAUCUAAAUCAGACUCCAUGAAACUUUUUUGUUCAAAAGUGAACUUGGAAAGCAUUGACACUGUCUGUGGUUAGCAACAUGUGACUGAUCACUUUAAUGAAACAGUACCUUAUCCUAAAAUGUGUUCCACCUAAGGUCUUUUUAAACCUUCAAAUACAAGCUACAAUAUAACUACUGUAGAUUAUGCUUUACUUUGAUAGCCAGAGCUUAACAAUGAGGUACAUUAGUAUCAAGAAAAUCUAGCUAGCACACCUACCAGCUGUCCCGAUUUUCACGGGAUAGACCCAUUUUUGUGUGCGACUGCUCCGCUGCCCUUUCGGCGGGUUGCAGUGUCCCUCGUAGGGGUGGGGGUGGGGAGUUAGGCUGUAACCUGUCACUCACUGCUCUGCUACAGAGCAGUGGUGAAUAGGUGCUGUGUGUAUGCGCACAGUGUCUAUUCAUGGGAGACAGAGGGACUAUGGGCAUGGCCAGCAGAUCAGAGUGUUGGGCUUGCUCCCACACUGAUGAAAAUUGGAUGUGUGGCUUGUGUUUAUGAUGUUUCUGCCUCCUUUUUGGGUCUGCGCACAUUUGCCACAUGCAGCUGUAACAACUUGUCCACUCAUGAUGUUGCAAGGCAAGAGCUAGGGGACAAGAUUCAGAAUAGGAAUAGCUUUAAUUGUCAGGAAUUACACAGUACAUAUUUGUUAGAGCACUAACAUACCCAGUGUCAAGGUGUAUAAAGAAUAGAGAUUUACCAGCUAUUAAGUGCAAAGAUAGAAAUAGCUGAAAAAUGUCACCCCAUCAGGAAGAUUUACUAAAGCUUCUAAAAAUAAAAAGUGGCAGUGCCCAUAGCAAACAAAUGAUUAUGUCUAUUUUCUAGGACAUCAUAGAGAAAUAGUAGCUAGCAUAUGAUUGUCCUCAAUGGGCAACACCACCAAUUUACAUUUUUAAAAGAUUUUAUAAAUGUAUCACCUUAAGUCAUGGGAUAUCUCCCGUUUUCCAUGAAACUUCAUAAACAGAAUUUUAAUUUCUUCUUCAGGGUCCAUAGGCAUCCACAGGGAUGAUCUUGGCAUAUGAUGGUGGAGACCAGGAUCAGGCAUGAAACAGUUAAGCUUUUAAGUUCCCAAGAUGCACUAGUCCUUCUCCCUCAUACCCCCACUUACAGCACAGGCUCUUCAUUUUUACUUUGGUGCCAGCAGGAGCUAGUCACCGUUAUAACAGUGGGGCUGCUAAAUGCAACCCAUGCCAUGCUUUAUUUUUAUGAUUUAACUUUUUUGUUUUUUAUUUAGAGAGCAGCACUAGA